AUGUUUCGUAUUUUAAAAUGUAGUGAACACUUAUCAGCGCGACACUUUACCCGUGGCAAACAUACCGGGAAAGUGAUCGCCAUACGACGCGAGGAUCAAUCGGUAUGGGAACGACGAGCCUCCUUUUCGCCCACGAUGGUGAAAAAGCUCAUCAAGCAGGGCGUCAAAGUGAUAGUGCAACCGUCCAACCGAAGAGCCUACCCAAUGCAGGCUUAUCUAAAUGCUGGCGCUACCGUUCAAGAAGACAUAAGCGAGGCUUCGGUUAUCUUCGGCGUCAAGCAGGUCCCCGUGGAUGCGUUGAUUCCGCAGAAAACCUAUUGCUUCUUCUCGCACACGAUCAAGGCGCAGGAAUCCAACAUGCCGCUGCUUGAUGCCUGCCUGGAGAAGAACAUCCGGCUGGUCGACUACGAGAAGCUGAUGGAUCGGAACGGGCAACGGUUGGUCGCGUUCGGCAAGUACGCCGGGGUGGCCGGCAUGGUGAACAUUUUGCACGGACUUGGACUGAGAUUGCUCGCGCUAGGACACCACACUCCAUUUAUGCACGUGGGACCAGCACAUAACUAUCGCAACUCGUCCAUGGCGCGCCAAGCCGUCCGUGAUUGUGGGUACGAAAUUUCCCUCGGUAUGAUGCCCAAAUCGAUCGGUCCGCUGACAUUCAUCUUUACCGGAUCGGGUAACGUGUCGCAGGGUGCACAGGAAGUGUUCCAGGAACUUCCGGUGGAGUUUGUCCCACCGGAGAUGUUACGCAAAGUGGCCGAGCAUGGUUCUACCAACAAACUGUACGGGUGUGAGGUUAGCCGGUCGGAUCAUCUGGAGCGGCGGGAGGGUGGAGCAUUCGAUCCCGUCGAGUACGAUCAGUACCCGGAGCGGUAUACCUCCAUAUUCAGUAACCACAUUGCCCCGUACGCGUCGGUCAUUGUGAACGGAAUCUACUGGGCGGUUGGAGCACCGAAGCUGAUCACGAUCCCAGACGCGAAGAACCUACUCCGGCCAGCCAAUACACCCUGGUUGCCGACGAGCCGAGGUGCACCGGCACUUCCCCAUCGUAUGCUGGCCAUUUGCGAUAUCUCCGCCGAUCCGGGUGGUUCGAUCGAGUUCAUGAACGAGUGCACGACGAUCGACACCCCGUUCUGUCUGUACGAUGCCGAUCGAAACAAGGACCAGAAAAGCUUCAAGGGCCCGGGAGUGCUCGUCUGCUCGAUCGACAACAUGCCCACACAGCUGCCCCGGGAAUCGACGGACUUCUUCGGUGAUCUGCUGUAUCCGUACGCGCUGGACAUCCUGCAGAGUGAUGCCUCGCGACCAUUGGAAGAGCACAGCUUCUGCCAACCGGUUGAAGGUGCUAUUAUCUGCAGCAACGGUCGCCUAACACCGGCCUACGAGUACAUCAAUGAGCUGCGGGAGGCCAACAACCGGUCGCGGCAUAAGACGGAGGGCUCGUACGUGGGCAAGAAACGGGUGUUGGUGCUAGGAGCAGGGUUUGUGUCGGCCCCACUGGUCGAGUACCUGCACAGGGAGUCGAAUGUGAGCAUUAAGGUGGCUUCGCAGUAUAAGGAGGAAGCCGAUCGACUCGCCCAUCGCUACCAGGGCGUCGAGUCGGUGUACGUGAAUGUGCAGGACGAAAGUGCGGCCUUGCAGCACCUGUGCGAGGAAAGCGACGUGGUCGUGUCGCUGUUGCCCUAUUCGCUGCACAGUGUAAUAGCGAAGCACUGUAUUGCCGGUCGAACACAUCUGGUCACGGCAAGCUACGUCAACGAUGAGAUUAAUGCAUUGCAUGGAGCUGCACGGGAAGCCGGGGUGACCAUCAUGAACGAGGUAGGACUCGAUCCGGGUAUCGAUCAUUUGCUGGCGCUCGAGUGCAUCCAGGAUGUGCAGGAGAAUGGCGGAGUGGUGGAGUCAUUCGUCAGCUUCUGCGGUGGUUUACCGGCACCGGAGCAUUCCGAUAAUCCACUGCGCUACAAAUUCUCCUGGUCGCCAAGAGGUGUUCUGCUAAACACCCUAUCCUCGGCCAAGUACCUUAGCAAGGGCCAAGUGGUAGAGAUUUCCGGUGGAGGUGAACUGAUGUCGGCACCACGUGAACUCGAGUUCCUGCCCGGGUUCGCCCUGGAAGGGUUCCCUAACCGUGACUCAACCAAGUACCAAUCACUGUACGGACUGACCAACAUCAACACGCUGCUACGUGGCACCAUCCGGUACAAGGGCUUCUCGGACACGAUCAAACCGAUGCAGCUGAUCGGGUUGAUCGAUCCGAAUCCGCAUCCGCUGCUUCACCCCCACGGACCGGAACUGACCUGGCGGCAGCUGAUCGUGAACAUGCUCGGACUAGCCGAUACGGACAUUUUUAUCGAAAAUCUCAAGUACCGGCUGGCGGAGCGCGUUGGCACGAUCGAGGGGCUGGAGGAGCUAGGACUGCUGGAGAAUGCGCCUGUCGUCAAGAUGGGCUCGCCAUUGGACACACUCAGCUACUACCUCUCUCAGAAGCUUGCUUUUGCUGAAACCGAACGGGAUUUGGUCGUGCUACGGCACGACGUUGGCAUACGCUGGAACGAUGGACGCCGCGAGGAGCGAGGAAUCAACUUUGUCGUCUAUGGCCAGCCGGCCUCGCAAGGGGGGCACUCCGCGAUGGCCAAAACGGUCGGAUUUCCGGCGGCCAUUGCAGCCAAAAUGAUUAUCGACGGCGAAAUACAGCAGCGUGGCGUUGUGCUUCCUUUCUCGGCCGAUAUCUAUCGACCCAUGUUGGCCCGCCUGGAACAGGAAGGACUGACCGCUACGACCACAACGAAGAUGCUCUAAAGAGAAAAGAUCGAAAGGACUCUCGGUAUUCGGAAUUUUGUUGUUCGGACAUCGGAAUGAGAAGAAUAAGAUGUUACCAUACAGUCAACGCAGGAAUGGGACAUCAAUCGGCUUCAUUAUACGUAUUGUUAGCGUAUGUUUUAAAUAAAACUAAAU